AUGUCUUCAUACGAUCGCCACCGCUACCACAAAAACAUUAGCCUAGACCCCGCGCUCGACAACCUAGCCCACCUAACCAUCUACAUUGGCCCCGCGCGCCCCGAACCAGGUAACCCGCUCAACAUGUGGCUCCUCGUGCUCGCAACCCCCGACUUCAAAAACAGCCUCUACAACUUCAUCAUGCCGCCCUUUGAGCAGCGCGCAGUUGGCGAAUGCCUCGUCUACCAGGGACGAACGUUCCGUUUCCCGUUCGUUCCGGGUGGCGAUACUGUCCCACUGCCGAUGCAGGAGGUCGGCAAGGUCCACCCGUUGAUGAGAGAGAAGAUUCUGCGCAUUGCGGCGGACUUUGCGAGGAAGCCGGAGCCUUGGGAUCAGAGUUUCUUGCAUGCGCUUGAGCGCGAGGGGAUUGUGGCCGCGGGGACGGCCGUGGGGUAUUUUGUCAGGUUGAGGGAGUUGGAGAAGGGGGGUGAAGCUGCGGUCAAGGCCGAGGUCAAGGUGGAGGUUGAGGCGGAUUCCAAGGGAGGAGCUUCGGUCGAUCGGGUGACGAAGUGGCUGGAGACAUUGGGUAUGGAUGAUAAGUAA